GCGCCAUUUUCUCUUUUUAUGUGCACGAACAACGAAGCUAGGUUUUAGGAAUCAUUCGUCAGAGCGCGUUUGCGUCGCUGCUGCUACAAAAAAAAAUUAAAAAAAUAGAUUUAUUUGGUGUGUGUGUGUGUGGUGUGUGUGCGCGUGGCGCUGUGCAUCCACCCUGACUGUAGCCGUCGUUUGGUGCGCGGAUUGGUGGGAAGUCUGCUUUGUCGCCCUUUUAGGAAAAAAGCGGUAAACUCCCUCCGACAAAAAAUCAGUGGCGCUAUAAAGGAAGGGGAGGAGGAAUCAUGUAUCAGUUUCCAGUUCGAGGACUGGAGAAAAUCAGAAGAACAAGAAAGAAAGUGAAAAACAUUUUGAGCGAUUUUGGCCUUGAAGAGUGCUUAAGCUUGUGUCAGAAUCUUAAGGAGUUUGAUCCAGGAGACAGUGUUUUUGGCGCUACUCGAUGGACUGAUUUAUCAGACGGAUUUAAUGGAAAGUGGAAGAAAAAGUGGACCUACCGCACCCGAGGACUCUGCUGCCCAUUAUGUAAAUUUUCGACACGGGCCUGGUAUUCAUUCAGGGCUCAUAUUCAUCGCUACCAUGAUGACGAGAAGUCGGCCUGUAGUCUCUCUGCCUGCUCUUCCUGCCCAUUUGUCGGCCACCCUAAAGUCAUCUCCAAGCACUAUAGACUGUUCCAUUUCGAAAACCAAAAGCCAGAAUCUGACACCGUGACACCCCUGUCUGCCAAAGCAUUAAGCGGUCACACAUUUCAGUGCCGAAAAUGCCCCGUUCGUGAUGAUCUCUUGUACAGCAUGAGGAAGCAUGUUCUCAUUAAUCAUUACACUGUACUGUUGAAUCGCUUUGCUGGACAAAGAGCAGACACUGACUUGAAGGCCCUUGGGCAGAUGUACAGGAAAUUUUAUUGUAAGGUCUGUGGUGCAAAUGCAGACACUUCCGAGCACCUGCUAUAUCACAUACUGACCUCUGACAAGCACAGGGAAUUGGAUUUGCACAUAAACUCUCUCAUUUUUGAAACUGACACUAAAAAGCCGGCUCUCUCUCUAGCACCAAAGAUCCAAGGUAGUCCUGUUAUAGCAGGACCACCUAGCCAACCUAUACUGACUCCUGUACCAGCUCCAGGCACAGUCUUGCCAGUUUUGGCUAACGGUGGACCUAGAUUACUUCCUCCUAAUACGGCAGUUCUUCCGGUUCAAGCCUCUGCCCUGGUGCAACUUGCCAGUGCUGAGGCAAAGGGUUUAUUGCAGCCUGGUCAACCACUGACUAUUCAGAGUGUUCAAGCUCCAAGAACUGUCUCCGCAACGCUGCCUAAUGUUGGAGGGACGACUCCUGCCCCGACACUUCAGUCGGUUAUUCCACGGCAACAGCCAGUCAGGGUUGGAGUCCCAGGUCCUCUUCAUCCUCCACCGCGUCAAGUUCUGCUUCCACCCGGGGUACAGUUUAAUGUCCCAACUAUAAGGGGGCCUCCACCACAGCCAAUGAUUGUUGCUCCAAGGUUCCCCUUGAAUCAACCUACCCCUAGAGGUACCAUGCUUACUUCCCAGUCCCUUUUGAGUCAUCUGAUCCCCACAGGUAACAAAGUCGAUGGGCUGCCUACCUACACCCUCGCACCUUUACAAGUUUUGUCUCUCCAGGCAAACAAUGUCCAAGUAGUCAGCAAAGCACCUUUACCAGUGUCCCAGAACAAUGGCAUACAUCAGCAAAAUUCCCAAGAUUCCAAGCAGACCAAGAAAUGGGUCACCUGCCCCAUUUGUAACGAGCUUUUCCCAUCCAAUAUAUAUGACUCCCAUGUGGAGAUCCAUAAAGACUCAUCCAAGAAGUCAAAGCUAGGUCUGGCUGCCCGAGCACCUUUUUUGAAAAAAAUGCCUGACAAGACAGUAAAAUGCCUGAUGUGUAAAGUCUUGCUGUCGGAAAAGGGUAUUUUUGAACAUCUGAUUCAUGGUUUGAACUGCUUAUUUUGUCCUGGGAUGUUCUAUUCCAUCAAACAGCUGGUUGCGCAUAUUCAAGUCGAACACAAUCCAACCCAAAAGUCCAACUGCGACUUCAUGAGACGAGAGUAUCGUCUUUAUACCGACGAGUCUGGCCACCUCCUGUUUCCCUAUUUCGACAUAAACACCACAGCCCCAAAAGAGAUGAUGGGAGAGAAAGAGCUUAACUUGGCCCUAGUUACUAAUUCUCUUGAUCUGAUCUUUUUGAAGUUGUCCCCUAUGACGCCGCAGACUGUAUGCAAGAUGCCUGUGCCCAAGCCCGACAGCUUAGAUUGCGUCUUCUGUUCUGAGAAGCUGCUGAACAUGGAGUGCUAUCAGGUGCAUCUUAGAGAAAAGCACUUCAUUGUACCUACCGUCCAUGCCAUACUUAAAAUGCCAGCCUACAAGUGCAUCUACUGUGGUGGGGUAUACACGGGCAAAACAACGGUCAAAGCCAUCAGUGUCCACAUAUCCAGAUGUCGAUCUGCGCCCAAAACCCUCAAAGAUUCUGAAAGGGUAAGUUGUGGACUGAACGUUAGCCCAAGAAAGAGCCAAGGUUUAAUCUCAUUCCCAGCAAGACAGACUACAGCUCCGGUCCCAGGACAAGUCCAAGCGACGGCUCCAGCGGCUCAAUCUCAAGAGACAGAUGUAGAAAUGCAGAGCAAGUUGAGGUUGGAGCUGGCUGUGAAAGAGGCCAUAGAAGCUAAUAAGAGGGAUAGAGAGGCCAGACUAGCAAGAAAAAAGAGGUCAGACAAAGAGAAGUGCACUUCUCCUGCAGCUGAAAUGAUGGACGAUUCCAACGUGCAGUUUGCUCUGGAUCCUACCGGGAUGGAAUUACGCUCCUUCGAGGCUCGCCGGGAAUUCGUGAACAAAUACUUCAACAUCCAGCCGUACCCGCUCAAGAAGGAGAUGAUUGCCCUGAGCAACCGGUUGCUGCUGAACAAAACCGAAGUUGCCUGCCAGUUUGGCUCUAAACGUACCAGGUGUAUGAAGCAACUGCAGCGAAACAAGGCUGCGGUCUUGUUAGGCUUCAAAAUGUCGGAGCUGAUGAAAGUGAAACACAACCUGUUCAUUCCUGAAAUAGAACCGGAAAAGCCAUCCACGGAACCGGAACCGUGGAAACCCGAAGAAAGAAACGUAAACGCGGACGAAGAUGAAGAGAUUGACGAAUGUUUAGCACCUUACGAAGGUUAGAGAAAGCUCAAAAGUGACAACACAUGGAGAAAUACACUCCUCAAAUUAAUGCAAAAAGUCUGUUAAUAUAGGUCAAUUUUCAGAGAACCUGUCCUGUCAAGAAAAAUCUUUUGUAGCCCCAUUUUUCUGAGUUAAAUUUAAUUAGUGAACUCCUUUAUGAGUUUGUAUGAUGUUUGGUGUUUGAAUGUUCAUCCUUCACAAACCAUUGUAAAGACUGUAUUACUGUUUAUAACAUAUUCUGGAGAAUAAUGCACUUACUCCACAAAUGUUUUAUGGUGUGGUUUAUUUGGCCUUAAUUGUUCUUUUUGUAUACUUUCCCUGUUAUGUAUUUUAUUUAGAGCUCUUUUGAUUCAAUAGAUUUUGAAACAGAGACAUGACAUACAAGAUAAACGUGUAGUAUGAAUUUCAAGGAACUCUUGUAUUAUCUGGCUUUAUAAACCCCUUAUACACACCCAUAUACCCCACCCCCCCCACCCAACUCCAACUCCAAGCCAGCCUUACAUGUCUAAGAGAGGCUAGACACCACACAUGAUUAAAGAAAGAAAAGAGGUCUGGGUUUUGUGUGCAAAGAAAGAGGGGGAAAAAUGAAAACAAAUUUCACAUGUGAAAACCAACCAAUCAAAUAAAAGGAGGAAUUAAACUAUAUGAAAAAAGUGAAGGAAGAGCCCCCAUACCUGAUGAAAUUUCAAGCCUGAAUUACGGAUUGAGGAAUUAAUUUUCUCCAAGGACAAACAGGACAUGAUAUCUCUGAGCCACUUGGUUUGGGUAGGUGAGGUGGCAUCGUUCCACUUAAUAAAUAAACGAGGAGGAAUGCAAAGGACAAUAAUCGAUGUUUAGCUGGGGUUAGAUGUCUAUCAUGCUCUCCAGUAAAGCCAGAAAGAGCAACCAGGGGGUCUGGUUCAAGAUUGCAAUUCAGUAUGUUCAGUAAGACAGGGUUUGAAAGACAUCCCUCCAAAUUAGGGCAUGGUCAAUACAUAUGAAUGAGAGACGUCUCUCUGCUUUUACCUUUAUCACAGCAAGGAUCGAUGUCUGGGUAGAAGCAAGAAAGCUUAACUUUGGAGAAAUGAGCCUUAAAGAGUGGCGGGCUCAUGAGAAGGAUGAGUUGACGAGCUUGAGAAUCGAGUUCCAUGUCAGAUUUAGGUCUCUCCAGUUUUAAUUUUACUCAAAAUGGUAUAACUCAAACCCAAUUAUAUGCCAUAAAUAGUGGAUAUUAGGCCUUUACGCAGCGGGGACAGAUAGAGGAGAUUGUCUAUAAUAUUUGCAUCAGGAGCCACAGGGAGGUUUGGUAUCAAAGAUCUAAUGAAGUGUCUCAUUUGCAAAUAUCUGAAAAAGUAAGAUUUGGAUAGAUUAAACCUUUCGGACAGCUGUUCAAAUGAUGAUCAAUAAAAAGAUCUUUUCAAAGCCUUUACUGUGCUAUUCUUGAAAUACUGAAUCGUGUAAAAAUGGUUGAAAGAGAUGGAUAGAGACGAUAAGGCUGAGGAGGGAAAAGCCCAAAGAACCACUGUACUUUCUGAACUGAGCCCACACUCUCAAGGUAAUUUGCCUAAUAACUGAUUUAUUGAUUGAUUUAAUUGAGGGCAUGGGGAGUGCAAAUCCAAGAAGCAGGGGCGGGUCUACGUGGUGGCCAGGGGUGGCAAAUAAAUCCGACUGGCCACCCCAGGUAUCCCCCCUAUAAGAUGUCUUGCAAUUGGUUUAGUUCCAGUUUGCUGCUGGAGUUCACGAUUUGAAGGAGUUCAGCGUCAGAGAGAAACGUCAACGGUCAUCACGGACUUGGGAUGGAAAGUACACAUUAGUACAUUAUCAAGUAUGGGAAGACAGACACCAUACAAAGAGCUAGGUAACUUUUACGUAUGGUUUAAUAUGUUUCUCAGGUUUUCUCCAAUUAGUCUGUCCAGUCGGUCUCUGUUCGCUUUGGUCAUGGUUGAUUUCAGUCACAUGUUCAGUUCAGUCACAGUCAGCGUUUAAUAAAAGACAAAGUACAGUAAGCUGAUCGUUAUCAAACAGAAAAUGCUGACAGGGUGAUUUGGCGUCUUUUGUAUUAAUAUAAUGGGGUUUAUUUUGCGACAGUGACCACAUUUUUAAUACAGUCAAUCUGGUGCUAAAAGUUUUUGGGGGGCGCAAACA